AGAGGAGAGGCGGUACAAUGGCGCUAACCCUAGCGCUGUUUAUGGCGUCGAUCGCGAUGGCCUCAGGCUUCAUCAGCGUAGGAUCGACAAGCUUGAGCAACAUACUUGAACUACGAAAGGAUCAGUCCAAGUUCCCAGAUUCAUGCUCAUCCAAGAGUCUUCGUCUGAGGGGAGGCAGUUCGAGCACUUUGGCCAUGGCUGCACCAAGGAUCAUCAUCUCUGGUGCCCCAGCGUCGGGCAAAGGAACCCAGUGCGAAUACAUCGUCGAGAAGUUCGGAGUUGUGCACAUCUCUACGGGGGAUGCUCUCCGUGCUCAAGUGCAAGCUGGAACCGAGCUGGGAAAGAUGGCGAAGGGAUUCAUGGACAAAGGAGCUCUGGUUCCCGAUGACGUGAUUAUCGGCAUUGUCAAGGACAGGCUUGCUGAGCAAGAUUGCAAGGACAAGGGAUGGCUUCUUGAUGGUUUUCCCCGCACUGGAGUGCAGGCUGAUGCUAUGGAGAAGGCGGGGAUCAAGGCCGACAAGUUCGUGUUGCUCAACGUGCCAGACAACGUCCUGAUCGAGAGAUGUGUCGGCAGGAGGACUGAUCCUGUCACUGGAAAGAUCUAUCACAUGAAAUUCAACCCUCCUCCCAAUGACCCCGAGGUCUUGGCUCGCCUUGUUCACCGUCCGACGACACUGAAGAGGCCAUGGUAAAGCGUAUUGAACAAUACAAGAAGAAUGUCGAUGCGAUCAAGGGAUAUUACAAGGGCAUCACUCAUGAGUUUGAUGGAGUGGGGGACAAGCACGAUUUGGCAAGCAA